UUGUGAGCACAUAGCAUCCGAGGGUUUUGGGGUUUACAUAUUUCCAGAGCAUCUUCAACACUGUGCGUCUCGCUUCCGAUCAAUGCAGUGAACCACGAAAUGAUUUGGUUUAGAUUUAGGGUUUUGCCAAUGAAUUGAAUCCUGCAACUUCAAGGAUAUUCAGUACCUGUGGUGUGACUUGGUAGAUUGCUUCCUGGGCAAAAUACUGCAGCAAUGCAGAAUCUGCACCGCGUUAUAUCCCGUCUUUCCUCAACUUCAAUUAGCACAAGCACAACAAAGUUUCUGAGAGAGAAAAGCAAACCGACUUUGGGAAGCAAUGGUGUGCUUCCAUUGAAGAAUGAUAUCGUAUCUUGUCAGUUUAUCACUUCCCGAUUCUUUUCUUUCAGCUCUGGAGGUGACGGUGAAAAUGAUGGUAAAGAUGAGUGGGAUAAACCCCCGUCUGGGACAUUUAGCAAUAAUGCAUCAGAUGAUUUGGGGUGGGAUAAACCUUCAUCUGGAACAUUUACCAAUAAUGCAUCAGAUAAUUUGGGGUGGGAUACUGCAUCAGCAUGGUCGACUGGACUGACCAGGGAGCAUUUUGAUGGGGAGGUGGUAGGCCGACGUACAAGUGGGCUCAACCCAUCUCAAUCUUCAGUGGUAUCUGGUUUGCAAGAAAUUGAGGAUAGAAUAAGGGAACUGGAAGAAGAGAACAAGAAAAGUAAAACGUUUGUGGAUGGGUGGGGAGAGAGAUUGCGGGAGAUAAGUGUGCUUCUGAAGCAAGUGCGUGAGCCAGGUGCGAGAGGAUCUUAUCUCAAGGACUCGGAGAAGGCUGAGAUGUAUAAGAAGCACAAGGAAAACCCUGAGGUUUAUACUGUUGAGCGGCUGGCUAAGGAUUAUAGGAUUAUGAGGCAGAGAGUGCAUGCAAUUCUUUGGCUCAAAGAGCUUGAGGAGGAAGAGGAGAAAAAACUUGGUCGUCCUUUAGAUGAUUCUGUUGAGCUUCUUCUUGACACCUGCCCAGAAUUUUUUAAUUCUCAUGACCGCGAAUUCCAUGUGGCAUCCCUUCCCUACAAACCUGAUUUCAAGGUUAUGCCAGAGGGUUGGGAUGGGACCACCAGAGAUUUGGAUGAAGUUCAUUAUGAAAUCUCAAAGAAAGAAGAUGAAAUGCUCUAUCAAGAGUUUGUCCAGAGAAUGAACUUCAACAAAAUGAAGAUAAAAGGAGAGGUUUUCUGCCACAAGCAUAGUCGUCGCCGGACUUCAAAUGGGUGGAACUUCACCGUGGAAAAACUAGGACCAAGAGGAAAGCGUGGAGGUGGCGGCGGCUGGAAGUUUGUCAGCCAGGCAGAUGGUUCAAGCCGACCACUGAAUGAAACGGAGAAAAUGUACGUGAAGCGAGAAACACCCUGCCGCCGGCGCAAGAUCCUUCCGUGAUGAUGAAGGUCUAUGAAGGUCUUUUGUUAUUGAGUCAGGUGUUGUUUUCAAGUAUAUUUUGUAGUUGGUGAAAAUUUUGUGUGGGUCUCUGCUUUGGUGGUGAUAAAUUGAUAAUAAUGGCAUCUUGUUUUUCCACCAUUGUUAACCAAUCAAUACCUUUUCUGUCAGACGUUUGACAUUUGUAUCAUUUUGCUUAGCAUUUGUAUCAUUUUGCUUAGCAUUUGUAUCAUUUUGCUUAGCAUUUGUAUCUUCA